AUGCUUAUCAUCGUCAACAUCCUCCUUUACAAAGAUAUUGACUCAAGUUGCUACGAAAAUGAUGGAAAAACACUUAAAAAAGUUAAUGAUACAUCACCCUACCUUAUAAUAUCAGCCAAAUGCGAAAAAAUCGCAAAUAGUUGUUUUUCCAACCUAAAGUCUUUAGAAUCUUUUUCAUUUGAAGAAAACCCUAACUUAACAACAAUUGAAAGAUCUUGUUUUUCUUCUUGUUCCAAUCUUCAAAUUAUUAAUUUAUCAUCCUGCACAAAACUUACAACAAUUUCUAAUUAUGCAUUUUAUGGUUGCAGUAAAGUUACUGAGAUACUUCUACCAAAUGGACUUAAAGAAAUACAAAGUGAUGCUUUUCAAAGUAAUUCUGAAAUAACAACUAUUACAAUUCCUUCAUCUGUUGAAAAAAUAGGUUCUAGGGCAUUUGAAAAAUGUUCUAAACUAACAAAUGUUAUUUUUGCAGAAGGUUUGAAUUUAACUUCUUUAGUAAAUUAUGUUUUUUUCAGGAACUAA